GUCUGUGGGGAGCCUACAACAAGUUCCCCGCCAGGCUGGCGGCCGUCCGCGACGCCAUGUUAGCUGUUCCCCCAGUAAAGGAGCAGAAGACCUUUGAUCAAAUCAUGUUGGCGAAGCACCUCUGGCCCUUCAUGCAGGGUGACCUGAUGGAGCACGACUCGUAUCACUGCGAAAUUUACCCCGGCAGUCUGCCGUUCCCGACGCAGCGACGCGAGUGGCGGUACUGCGGCUGGGGGCCGUACAAGGCGUCAAAGCGCACCAUAGUCUUCAAGAAGCAGUGCCCCAUGGCCUGCCGUCCUAAGGACCACCCUGACUGGACCUGGUGCUGACCAAUAAAAUAUAAUGGUCACAAUCCAUUAACUUAAAACUCCAACCUCGCAGCAUCUUUUGCUAACAAAAAUAAUGUUUAAAACCACAAUUAAGCAUAUAAUGGUCAUAAUGCAUUUAUUUAAAAUGUCAACCGCGCUAGAUAAGGUGCUGAGUUUAUAAGCCUUCUUGUACAACCCUUUUUUUCGUUGGCUAAUUUGAAAUGCAAGACAUACGAGUGGUUUUUUAUUUGAUAGCAGAUCAACGAAAGAUAUCCUCUAAUUAGGGGCAUGGUUUUUAAUCAGUUCUUUGGCAGCGUUUUCACUUGAACAGUAUUCCAGCCAUUCAUGAUUUCACAGCCAAAUAAGAAAAAUUAUGUUGUCAGUUUCGAAAUACACUACGAGGU